CCGCCGUUGGAAAUAGGACCAGCACAGCAUCAAGAUGGAGUUUGAACCCAAGACACCGCAGUACAACACCUCGGAUCCCACCUCAUUCGCCCACACCUCAGCACGGUCCAGAUGGCCCAUUAUCAUUACGCAAGGCAUCGAUGAUGUGCAUCGGUCAAUCUAUGCUACACAAGAUGAAGAAAAGGUCAAGGAGGGCAAAUGGAUUGUGUCAGAGCUGGCAGGACUGAAGUACGAGCUUCAACACGACCGUGAACUCUCGCCUAUUCCCGAUGACGGCGAACCGGACGUUGCGGAUUACAACAAAGAAUUGGAAGCACUGAAACCCGCUAAGUGGCACUCGGUGCCUUGGCUAUAUUCAGAGUGCUACCUCUACAGACGCAUCUCGAGUAUCUUCAAGCGAACACAAAACUGGAGGUCGUACGACAUCUUCGCCCGCCAGAAGAUGUCCACUUUCAAGUCCUCGCGCCCCGCCGUCAUCGAACUCGCGAACCGUUACCGAGACAUAGUCACCGAGCUCGAAUCGAAGCACACCAUAAAGGGCGCAAAGACAGCCGAGGAGCUCGAAGAGGCGGAGAAGGUCUUAUUCGUCGAGAUGUGCGAGAUUUGCUUGUGGGGCAAUGCAACCGACUUGUCACUCCUUACGAACCUCACAUAUGAAGAUAUCCAGAAGCUACAGGGAUCUGAGGCGCGCAAGAAGUCUGAGAAGAACAUCCUGGUCAAUGAUCUGGACAAGGCUUUCAAGAUCCUGUCCACAGCGCAAAAGGAAGGCAAGAAGGAGCGGAGAGUAGAUAUCGUGCUUGAUAACGCUGGCUUCGAGCUUUUCGUGGACCUGAUCUUGGCUGGGUACCUGCUUGCUUCAGGUCUAGCUACCAAUAUCGUCAUCCAUCCGAAGUCGAUCCCAUGGUUUGUCUCCGACGUUUUGCCACAGGACUUUGCAGCUCUUAUUCAAGCGCUCGCCGACCCGCAAGGCUUUUACUCCGCACUCUCUGAAGACAGCGAGGACUCAGGGACAAGGACUCCACCGCUCUCGGAAGCGGAAGUUGAUGCUCUGAAAUAUCUCUUCCAGCACUGGAGCGGUUGCCAUGCGGAGGGCCAACUGGUUAUGCGCCCAAAUACCUUCUGGACCGCGGGUGGUAGCUUCUGGAGAUUGCCGAAGACAGAGCCAAGCUUGGCUGAAGACCUAAAGCAGAGCCAGCUUGUCAUCUUCAAGGGCGACUUGAACUACAGGAAGCUGACCGCCGAUGCGAAUUGGCCUGCAACAACACCCUUCACCGAAGCCAUCGGCCCGCUUGGCCCAGGAUCUGGUAUUCGCGUACUGGCGUUGAGGACAUGCAAAGCUGAUGUUGUCGUCGGUCUCCCAGAAGGCGAAGAUGAGAGGAUCAAAGCCACUGAAGGAGGUGGCGGCGACAGUGGAUCGCGGAAGUGGGCUUGGAGUGGGAAGUGGGCCGUGGUGCAAUUCUCUGAUGGUAAGGCAUAGGACUUGCUAUGCGAUGGUCUCAUGGAGUUUUCCUCGGUCUAAAACAGCAAUUGAACAGGCUUGAAGUGCUCGAGCUGCGCAUAUAAGCAUAUGAACGGUAGUAUAGAUGUAGGAACUCAUGUAGAAGUCAUAGUUGAUUCACACAGGGUACACUCCAAUUAUGCCG